GGAUGCGAGCAGCUGAAAUUCACAGCCACUCCACUCCAUGUUUUGCCCUGCCCUUUUGCGCUCUGCUCGCGGUGCAGCGUGCGUCUCCGUUGCAUUUCUCUUUCCUCACACUGACACGAACACAGGGCUGCUGCUGUGUGUGUGCGUGUGUGUGCGGGAGAAGUUGUUUGCAGAGAGCAGCACCAGGUAGCAACUGUAACACACGGAUUUGUCCAAGCCGGGAGCAGUCAGUCGGGCUCUUUUUUUCUUUAUCGUGGGGGAAGAGACGCAUCUUUUGCAAUGAGGUGGACGUGCCAGUAUCUAAAGUGAGGAGUGACAUAUCUGUUCACUGGAGGAAUCUCUCAAACAGCCCUUUUUUAUUUUGAUGAUCAGAGUUUUUUUGUUUUUGCUUUUUGUAAUCUGACGGCGCUCGUUUCUCCCCUGUGAAACACUAUCAAGGAUUUCACUGAUGUAUGCGAUGUGGAGACUGCAAGUCUCCUUCUGUACUCUGUCGCUGCUGCUGUCCCUGUCGUCUGCUGCCGAGAGCAAAGCGCGGAGCUGUAGCGACGCAAGGCAAGCUUAUAACGCCAAAGGAUUCAGCCUCGUCAAUGUGCCUCAUCAGGAAAUAUCAGGUGAGCACCUGCGUGUCUGUUCCCAGGGGUACACCUGCUGCACAUCCGAGAUGGAGGACGAACUCAACCAGCAGAGCAAAGUGGAGUUCGAGAACUUGGUCGAGGAGAGCAGCCGCACUAUGAGGACGACAUUUGUCUCGAGGCAUAAAAAGUUUGACGAGUUUUUCUUGGAGCUGCUAGACAAUUCUGAGAAGUCUCUUCACGGCAUAUUCAAAAUGACGUAUGGGAAGCUGUACAUGAAGAACUCCCAGGUGUUCCAGGACCUGUUCGCCGAGCUAAAGCGCUACUACACCGGAGGCAACGUCAACCUGGAGGAGAUGCUCAAUGACUUCUGGUCCAGACUGCUGGAGCGCAUGUUCCAGUUACUCAACUCCCAGUACCAAUUCACAGACGACUACUUGGAGUGUGUCAGUAAAUACACAGAUCAGCUAAAGCCCUUUGGAGAUGUGCCCCGGAAACUUAAGGCCCAGGUCACCAGUGCCUUCAUCGCUGCACGGACGUUUGUCCAGGGGCUAAUGGUGGGUCGGGAGGUCGCCAACAGGGUAGCCAAGGUGAAUGUAAUCCCAGCAUGUGUCAAAGCCUUGACGAAGAUGCUGUACUGUCCAUACUGUCGCAGCAUGCCAGGGCUGAAACCCUGUCACAACUACUGUCACAAUGUUAUGAGGGGCUGUUUAGCAAACCAGGCAGACCUAGAUGCUGAAUGGAACCUCUUCAUUGAUGCCAUGUUACUGGUGGCAGACCGACUGAAAGGACCCUUCAACAUCGAAUCAGUUCUAGAACCGAUUGACGUCAAGAUCUCUAAUGCCAUCAUGAACAUGCAGGACAACAGCAUGCAGGUGUCAGCCAAGGUCUUUCAAGGAUGUGGCCAGCCGAAGCCAUCAGGAAUAGGCCGGUCAGCACGGGGCAUCUCAGAUGUGUUCAGUGCUCGCUUCAGACCGUUCACCCGCGAAGAAAUGCCAACCGCAGCAGCUGGAACGAGCCUCGAUAGACUGAGGGUUGUGUGGAGGACAAUGCAACACAGUAUGAUUGACAUCAAAGAGAAGUUAAAUGAGUCCAAGAGGUUCUGGUCCAACCUGCCAGAUGACAUCUGUGCCAAAGGCAAUCUCACAGAGUCGGAUGAGGAUCAGUGCUGGAACAGCCACACGAAGGGCAGAUAUUUCCCUGAAGUGGUGAAGGAGGGUCUAACCAACCAGGUGAACAACCCAGAGGUGGAUGUGGACAUCACCAGGCCUGACACACUGAUACGACAGCAGAUCAUGGCUCUACGUGUCAUGACCAACAAACUAAAGAACGCUUACAAUGGAAACGACAUCUACUUCCAGGACUCAAGUGAAGAGGGCAGUACUUCCGGCAGUGGCAGCGGCUGCUCUGAAGGCUGCACAACAGAGUUUGUUGUUGUUGAAAUGGAGGCUCCAGUGAUCUUAGCCGACAGAAGUGAAGUACACGCAGCAGCAGCCGCAGGCAGGUCCUUUUCCCGCAGAGCCUCCCUGCUGCUGGUGAUGACCGCCCUCACCCUCCCACUCCGAGCAAUGCAGACUCAAUGGAGAUAAUACAUGCGUGUGGCCUGAUCACUUACUUUUAUACGAUAUGUAUAGUAUGUUUAACAGCAAGUUCUACUGCUGUUCCCUCACUGGACUUUGUACAAGCUCAUGGAAACCUGUCGUGAACGGCUUACGGUGUGGUUUGGUACCGGAGGACUGGAAGUGAGUGCAGUGCUGCAUCCUGCUCGUCCCCCAAAGAAUGCUCGGUGCCAUUAUUGAACCAGCUUUCACAUCUCUUAAAAAAAGAAAAUGUGAUGAUUUCAUAUUAUUCUGAAGUGGGUUUAAAAGAACAUACCUCUCUGUUAAAGUAAAAAACAUCUGAUCUGAUAUUUUAGAUAAAGGGAUUUUUUUUCUUUGCUUUUGUUAGAUGGAGUUGUGCAAAUGAGACGACACACGUUUUUCCCAAUUGGUCUUGUCCGCCUCAGACAAAAGUCUUACAGUGUGCAUGCGUGAAAAUGAUGUUAACUGACAAAAAACUUUUUUUGUAAAAGUUCUUUUGUAUGCAGGCUACACAGUUUUUGGCAUUGGUUGGUGCAGCAGUUCACUUGGUUUCCCGUUUGGUCAUAUCAGUGUGGCUUCAGGAAACAGCAGUUCUUAUAGCCACUUUAUACUUGCACAUUUAAUUAUCUCUAAGAAAGUGCUAAUGUAGUGCACUAAGAGAACUUCUUUGCACAGAUUAUUUUUGUCGGCUUCAUAAGUUUAUAAAGCUAGAGGAACUGUCCACCCCAUAGAGACAGAAAAUCUAUAUUUUCAGAUCAUUUGACUGUACUGAACAGUAUGUAUUUCACUGCAAGGUACCGUAAUGUGAUAUUACAGGUUUAGUAAAUGGCUACAUUUUUUAUAAAUGUAUAAUCGUUUUUUACAAGUUAUUCGAUCAUCUGUAAACACUAAGCCAUUAUACUACAAUUGUCUGCUAACAAUAUUCAGUUACCUGAUUUAAUCUCUUUGUUUUCGGUACUUACCAUCUGCUUAAACAAUUCAGAUUUUCUUUUUAUGUCUCAUAUUUCAGUAUAUUAUAGAUAUUAAGUUAUGCCCAUGACAUCAUUUCCUUGGCCCCCAUGCAUUAAUAAUUCAUGUUAUGAUGAUUUAUGUAGCUUGUUUUUAAUACUUGGUUUAUAUUACAUAUAUGUAAGACUACACAUGUUAACCCUACUCCUGAAAGUUCAGUCCUCUGACAGGCUCUACAUCUUACGGAGCACCGCAGUGAAAUGUGCAUGUUCUAGUUUGACCAAUCAGAACACACCCACCCCCGCUACAGUCUGCAAGGUAUACAAGUAGUCAGCUUUAAAAGCAUGCACAAAGUCAGAAACACAAAAAAGAAGCAAGGUCUGACUGUGCUUUUACUGUUCAUAGCCUUAAUUGUAUCUCUCAACAGUCAUCUACCUCUAACUUGUUCUGGAGGAAGCAAGGGCAAUAGUUUGUUCUCACAAAAUACCCUAAAUGAUCCAAUCUCAUCAGCCCAUAAGCACCUGAAAUGCUUUCACAUGGCCAACAAGUAAGUCUCUUUUCUCAACAGAGGCCUUCCCCAAACCCAUUGCUGUGACAAAGUAACAGCUGCUGUGAGCAUCUCAAGGAGACUGCACAUUACACAGAGCAUCGUAGCAUAGCACACAAGAGGGAUAGCAGCAUCAAGCUGCUACAGUCAACACCUGUAAAACUAUAAAAAGCUGGUGUUUUAAGGAAAAACUGACACGUGCAGGGGAAAUGCAGUGCUUUCCUUUCAAAUGUGAAAACAACUGAAGUAGACUGAUACCCGCAUUGCCAAAGUGUGCGGCAGCAACAUGGUUGUCUUCACAGAUGGCACCUUUAACCCUUGUGUUGCCUUAGGGUCAUUUUGACCCGAAUCAAUAUUACACCCUCCCCCCGCCUUUGGGUCAUUUUGACCCGAUUCAAUGUUUCACCCUCCUGUUACCUUUAUAUUUACUAACAUAUUUUACCCUUUGGGUUCAAUUUGACGCCAGCAAUUAAAACCUCCAGAAAAUUAUUAGAAUUAAUAUUGUUUUCCAAGUUUAAGUGUGAGGCACUUUAUGUUUGUUUGUUGACUACCGAAAGAACACCGACAUUAAACAUUGAAUGGGGUCAAAUUAAUCCUAAGGCGGGGGGAGGGUGUAAUAUUGAUUCGGAUCAAAAUGACCCCACCAAAACCAGCAGGCCAGUUAAAUGGCUGGUCGUGAACCUUGUGGAAGGCAACAGUCUAUCCAACCGAAGUCUGAGGAUAGAUGACACUGACCCGAUCAGCCCUAUGUCACAACUAUUGAGUGUAUCAAACCAUUAAUGGGAUAGACCGAAAGAUAAUUUUUCCUGAACUUGUUUGUAUGUACAUUUGGGUUGUUGUAUGGAUACAAAUAACAUGCUAUUCAAACAGACUUAGUGAAUACAUUUUAAUGUACAUAAAUCACAUAAAAUGUGCACUUAAUUUGAAUGAAAACGUAAAUAGAAAAAGGGUAGUACAAAGAUAAGAUAGAAAUAUCAAUAUUAAAUAUCAAUACCAGCAUCACAGCGAUGACAUCAGCUCAGCAGUAAUACAACAUAUUUACAGGAAUUUUCCUAACAAAAAACAUUCCAGGUAGCUUAGAGGAAGCCAAACAGUUCUUAGACGACGGAAGGGAGCAAAGAAAAAAGAUACUCACCAGCAAAGCCAGGCAGCAGCAUUAGGAGAUGACCACCAAAAACAUAAUCUGUAGAGGAGCGAUCACCUAUGGGAGACCUCCGUGGAGAUGCUUUGCUUCUGGCAACAUUUGCCACAGUGGUGCUGGAGCAGGAGGGAAAGGAGACCAUCUUCAAUGCAUUGAUCCCGUUGCUGUUUCAAUCACCACACAAGACUGGAUGCUCGGUCACAAUGCAAUCAGCAUAUUUAGGAUCUGGGUCUGUGAAUCCAUUGUGAUUGUCAAAAGAGUACAUGCACAUUUCCCUGCAUACUGCAGGGGUGUAAACCUGUUGAGCCCUUUGAGAUCAAAGCCCAGGGGAAACUAAAUGCAUAAAAACACAGUUUAACAACCUCUCCAAAGUCUCACAUACUGUUUUCCCCAGAAGUUGUAUGGCUUACACUCUUUUGUCUUCGAUAUUUUGUUGAUUGCUCAUGAGUCCUCGGCCAGAUCAUCGUAACAUGAGCACAGAGAGCUCCCAAAGAGGGAGGAAUUUCAUCUUGAGGCAUUUACAUUUCUCAGAGAAUACAUCAACAUCUAUAUUUUAGUAUUCAACACAAAUGUUUUGACAGCAUUUGUAUUUUGAUGUCAAGUGUCAUAUUGUUCCCCAAAACGCGAUUAAAUUGUGCAGUAACACGGUUGCAUUUGGAUGUUCUUUGUGUAUAAAGAAACGGUAUCCAACAGAAAGAGAAAAUAGUCUAUUACAACUGCAGGUUAGUGUGUUAUAUAACAUUUGAAAAAAACUGGGGGGAAAGAGUAAAAUCAUGGUCUGCUGAGGUUUUCUUUACAGAAUGUUUUGAAAACGUGGUAUGCAAGGUCUUCUCUGUGUCGAUGUUAAUUGUUUGCUGCACUUUUGCUAAAACAUAUGCUGUGAGUGUGAUACCGUUGUGGUUUGCAAAAUCGGAUAACUAGGGAGCACAUUAAGAUUUAUGGAGCUGUCAGUGCACGCUGUUUGAAGUGUUUCGGGGGAACUGAAGUUGAUGGUUAUACAUGCAGACAUGCCUUACCAUUUCUAAAAGACUAUAAUUGAUGCUUAAUUGGCUUUUGUUACACAUUCUUGUAUACAGAAAUAAAUGCUAAUGUAAUAAUAAACAUUUUAUUUAAAAAAAUA